GGGCAGCAUCAUAUAAUACAGCCAUGAAUCCGCCUCGCAGCGCCGGAAGACGAAGAGUAGCAGAAGGUGGGAAAAUUGUGUUAGCGAAGGUCCGAGACCGCAAAUAAGACAAAAAGAAAAGAGGAAAGUUUAAAAUGCUUCCCCUGUCCCUGCUGAAGACCGCCCAGAACCACCCUAUGUUGGUGGAGCUGAAGAAUGGAGAGACAUACAAUGGUCACCUGGUCAGCUGUGAUAACUGGAUGAACAUUAACCUGAGAGAAGUCAUCUGCACAUCCAGGGAUGGAGAUAAGUUCUGGAGAAUGCCUGAGUGCUACAUCCGAGGAAGCACCAUCAAAUAUCUGCGGAUCCCCGAUGAGAUCAUCGAUAUGGUGAAGGAGGAGGUGGUGUCAAAGGGGCGUGGACGUGGAGGCGCCCAGCAGAACAAACAGCAGGGCAAAGGAAGAGGAGGAGGUGGCCGAGGUUUGUUUGGUGGCCGUGGACGAGGGAUGGCCGGCCCCGGUCGGGGUCAGCAGCAGCAGCAGCAGCAGCAGCAGCAGCAGCAGUCAGACAAGAAACCAGGAAAACCACAGGGAAUGAAGAACCAGCACUGACAGACAACGCUGCACCUAUAACAACACAUUCUGUUCAUCAGUGAUUCUUCCUUCAGCACACGAAGAAAAAAAUACCUCUGGUGUAUUUUUCUGCUGUGAUCUUUGUUAGGACUGAUUGUUGCAGAAAUCACACUCGGAGACAUUAAGCGAAGCCGUGCUUUUGCACUGAAUUUUGUUUUUUAGCAUCUGGAAGGUGAUAUUAACAUUUUUUUAUUAAGACAAUAUGCCAGUGUAUCAGCCAGAGCUGUCAGACUUCUCCUUUAGCAUCAGUUUGUAGAUCAGUAUAACAAAAACAUUUUUGUAUCAUAAACCACAUUAUCUAAAUUCCACUUUGGUACACUGGAAAAAUGUUUUUACUUUUAGUUUUUUGGCAGUUGUCUCCUCAGGUGUAGUUUUCGUGGUGUAAUGGCCCUGUCUUCUGUUGCAUGAAUAUUUUUCUUUUCUGUGUUUGUGAAGUUUUGUGGUUGAAAACAUUUUGUCUGUUUGCUAAGCUGAAAGGUCCAGUCACAGGAGGUAAACAGCAGAUUGAUAACCAGGAGACAAGAAUUCAGUCCUUAUAAAUUAAAACUUCAGUUAAAGCGUUUGUAAGACAACCAGUAUGGAUAUCCAGACAAAACAAUUCUCAUAUUAAGCCUGAAAUGGAUAGAGUCCAACAUGUGUUGUUGGUUGGGUUUCAUUUUAUUUUUGUAACAAAAGACCAUAUUGUAAUUUAUUUACAAAAGAACAUAAAAAUAAAACAGCUUUUGUUAAA